GUGUUCUACUGAUUUGUUCAUUCAUUCCCAAAAUGUUAUACGCGCAGCAAAAUCUCGUCUUCUUCAUUCCCACAAAUCCCUAAUUCUCUUUGAAAUCCCUAAAUCCCAAAUCCCAAAUCGUUUUCAUUCUUCUUCACAGCAAACACAUAAAAUUCUUCAUUCUACUCUUUGAAACCCAAAUCCCUAAAUCGUCUUCUUCUUCUCUUUGAAACCCCAAAUCGUGUUCUUCAUUCUUCGUUUUCUGGAAGUGUGUUCUUCAUUCUUCGUGUUCUUUCAUUCUUCGUUUUCUGGAAGCGUGUUCUUCAUUCUUCGUGUUCUCAGAUCUGAUUUUCGGGAUUACGCGGAACUUUGCUUCAAGGAAUUUGGAGAUAGAGUGAAGUAUUGGAUUACCGUGAAUGAGCCGUCCACUUACACAAAGAUAUGUCCUACUCUCAACACUUUUCAUUUGUCCUACUCUCAACACUUUUCAUAUGUCCUACCGUGAAUGAUACCUGCAUUGAUGGUAGCAGGGCUUUACUUCUUUGAUCAUAGUGUUGCUUCUGGGAUGGCACAACAAAAGGAUUUCAAUCUCAAGAAACCUUCUGCAUACCAUUAUGACAUAUUCUUACUAGGAUUCAUGACUUUGAUAUGUGGACUACUUGGCUUGCCUCCUUCAAAUGGUGUUCUUCCUCAAUCACCUAUGCACAGUAAGAGCCUUGCAGUUCUUAAGGGUCUGAUGAUUAGAAGAAAGAUGGUUGAAAGUGCCAAGGAAAGCAUAAGAAAGAAAGCUAGCAACUCUGAAAUCUAUGGAAAGAUGCAAGCAGUGUUUGUAGAAAUGGACAGUUCACAUCGUAAACGUUACUAGGGGUGUUCAUAAAAAAUUCAAAAACCGAACAAAACCGUUAAACUGAACUGCACCGAAAAGAACUGAAUUGUGACAUGUAGUUCAUGAACCGAACUAGUUCGGUUCAGUUUUUCCAAAUGUGUCUAAUCAGUUCAUAAUAGCAAUACAGUA